AUAACCUACCCCAUUAAUAUCUGUGGAAGCUCACAUUCUCAAAAUCUACCACCAUGUGGUUGCACUAAAUGCUUGACAUAUCUCAACACUCUCUGGAGUCUAGUCUAGUCUCUCCAUCAAAACCCAAACUCUCUAUUUUUUCAGCAAAACAUUCAUCUUAUUAGAUCUCUUCCCAAGGUUAGUGACGAAGCUUUCUCUGCUAAAUCUCUUUGUUGUCUAAUCUACUAUAUAAAACAUAAUUAUUAUUAUCUCUAAAACCCAGAACAGACCAUUUCUCUGUCUUUCUCUCUCUUGAACUCAUGAGUUUCAUCAAACUUUGCCUAUCACCUGCGGAAGACAGUAUCUUUCGAUACCCAAAGUAGAAAAUUGCUCCUGCAUUUUGUUUCAUUCAAAGUUCAAACAGUGAAAACUCAGAAGCACUGAACUUGUUAUGCUGUAUUUUCUCUGUUUUCUCAAGACUUUGUAUUGAGCUUAUUUAAGAUCUACUAAUUGCUUAUUACUCUAAUAAGCUAUUGACUAAGCUGUUUCAGUAGUUUCCCUUGGUGGGUCUAGUUUGAAUUCGAGUAAAACUUCUGCAAAAUCACUCAAAAUGUGUGUCUGGUAGUUCUGGUUUGAUCUCAAUUAGUAUCUCAAUCAGUUCAGAUAGGUGGAUGUAACUUCUUUGGAUGCUUAUCUUCACGUUUUCAAUGACUCGGACGUUUAAGAUUUUAUGUGUUUUAUGGUUAUUUUUUGUCCGGGGCACACAUGAGCUGCAAUCAUCACAGACCCAGGUUCUUGAGCAACUGAGGAGGCAUUUGGAGUACCCAAAACAAUUGGAGGUAUGGAACAAUUACAAUGGGGAUAUCUGUUCAAUACAAUCUUCUUUGCAGUUGAGCCUUGUAUGCGAAAGGAAUUCAGUUACUGAGCUGAAAAUUAUGGGGGAAAGUUUAGCUAAUAAGGUUAGUAAUUUCGAUGGUUUUGCUAUUGCAAAUCAAACAUUAUCCAGUCAAUUCUCUGUUGAUACAUUCUUUACAAUAUUGUCGAGAUUAAACAACUUGAGAAUACUUAGUUUGAUAUCUUUAGGAAUAUGGGGACCGUUGCCGGAUAAAAUUCAUAGGUUGUAUUCACUCGAGUUUCUUGAUUUGAGUGCCAAUUUUCUAUAUGGUUUGGUACCUCCUAAGAUAUCAACAAUGGGGAAGCUUCAAGUAUUAACUCUAGAUGGGAAUUAUUUCAAUGAGACUGUUCCUGACUGGUUUGAUUCGUUAUCUAAUUUGACGAUUUUGAGUCUGAAAGGUAAUCAGUUGAAGGGACCAUUCCCGUCUUCAUUAGGUAAAAUUAAGACGCUCACGGAUCUUGGGUUGUGUCGUAAUAAUAUCACAGGGAAGUUACCUGAUCUUGGAGGGUUAACAAGCUUACAUGUAUUGGAUUUGAGAGAGAAUCAGAUGGAUUCUAAACUUCCUGUACUGCCCGAAGGGUUGGUCACGGUGCUUCUCAGCAAGAACUCUUUUGAUGAUGAGAUUCCACAACAAUAUGGUGAGCUAAAUCAGCUUCAACACCUUGACUUGUCAUCUAAUUUUCUUCGAGGAACUCCGCCUUCGUCUCUUUUCUCUCUGCCAAAUGUUAGUUUCUUAAAUUUAGCUUCGAAUACGUUGAGUGGGUCGCUUCCAUAUCGUCUAAAUUGUGGCCGUGUACUUGGGUAUGUGGAUAUUUCUACUAAUAAGUUUACUGGUGGAUUACCUGCUUGCUUGAGAACUACAUCGGAUAAAAGAGUCGUAAAAGUUGGUGGAAAUUGCUUGUCUGUUGAUACACAGCACCAGCAUCCACAAUCAUAUUGCCAAAAUGUCCGUGUAGAGAAAGGGUCCACUUCUAGUAUCAAACCUACAGUAGUUUUGGUUGGUGUAGUUAUCGCCAUUGUACUUUUCAUGUUACUUCUUGCUAUCUGCUUGGUCAUUUUGUGUAAAAGAUGCCGAAGAAGAUCAUCUGAGCAGAAUUUGUUGCCUAAAGCUGUGCAAGAGAACUCUAUAACAGGAUUCUCCUCUGAGAUGCUCGCAAAUGCAAGGGUUAUAUCACAAGCGGCAAAGCUAGGGCAACAAGGUAUUCCAACAUAUCGGUUGUUCACAGUAGAAGAGUUAAAGGAAGCCACAAACAACUUUGAUCAAUCUGCAUUUUUAGGGGAGGGUUCAAUUGGGAAGCUUUACAAGGGAAAACUGGAAAAUGGAAACUAUGUUGCAGUUAGGUGUUUGGCAUUAUUCAAGAGAGAUUCAAUUCGGAACCUAAAACUUCGUCUGGAUUUGCUUUCGAAGCUCCGCCACCCACAUCUGGUUUGCCUUUUAGGACAUUGUAUUGAUGGUGGAGAAAGAGACGAUUCCACUUGCAACAGAGUUUAUCUUAUCUAUGAAUAUGUUCCCAGCGGAAGUCUUUAUACAUAUAUCUCUGAGGAUUCAGAGAAGAUCCUUAAAUGGUCAGAUAGAUUGGCAGUUCUAAUUGGAAUCGCAAAGGCUGUGCAUUUUCUGCAUACUGGGAUAAUUCCUGGUUUCUUAAACAACCGGCUGAAAGCAAAUAAUAUUUUGCUCGACGAGCAUCGCAUUGCGAAACUUAGUGAUUAUGGGUUAUCCAUUAUCACGAAGGAAAUUGACAAACAUGAGGCGAAAAAAGAAGCCAAUAAAUCAUGGCAAACGACAAAGUUGGAGGACGAUGUAUAUAGCUUUGGUUACAUAUUACUUGAAAUGCUUGUUGGACCUACAGCUGCUGGAAGAGGAGAAUCAUAUCUGUUGAACGAAAUGACAUCAUUUAGCAGCCACGACGACCGAAGGCGAAUUGUGGAUCCUAUUGUACUCAGCUCUUCCACCCAAGAGUCCUUGUCGAUUGUGAUAUCUAUUACGAACAAGUGCAUAUCUCCAGAAGUAUCAAGUCGUCCCUCUUUCGAAGAUGUUCUAUGGAACUUGCAGUAUGCUGCCCAAGUUCAGGCAACAGCUGACAGUGACCAGAGACUAGAUUCUGCAGCACAAUAAUACUAAAAGCAUUCUAAAAUGAGUUAAAUAAGAAAUUUGCAUAUUCCCAUUGAUCAAGCUGACAUGAAAUGGGGGCGUUAACCAUUGAUCGAUCUUAUUCAUAACCAUUGCUAAUACCCAGAUUGUGGGGUUGUGGGUCUUUUGUACACAAAUACAUGAAAUUUUCCUGUAUUUGGGCUUUGAUUUGUAUUUAUUUUUGUUUCUUUUCAAUAUUUCUUGUCGACGCUGUACUGCUGUAGUAGCAAUUGGAGAUUGGGAACUGCACUUUGCAGAAGUGUACCCCCCAUCCCAUAGGAUUUCGGGUAAAUUUAUUUAACUUAGCUUUUUAAUA